GUUGCCUAGCAGCAGAACUCAAACGUUCCGUUCAGACGGUGCCUGAGUACCUUCACACCGGGAGGAUGAGUGGCAAACGGGUAUCUGAGGGCGCCGGCUGCAUCACGUGGUGGGGCUUCAGUCCUGCGCGCGACCUGCUGAGUUUGGGCCCUGUGAGACUUGAAGAGGACUUCAAUGUUUUACUGGUUGGCAGUGGAGAUCCACGACAUAUUUUGAAGACCAUUUCUGUUUUGCAGAACCAGCAAAGCCUUCAUGUGUGGGUGAUAGAAGACAAGAUGGAGGUGGUGGCAAGACAGCUGCUGCUCCUCUACCUGGCCCUGAUGCCAAAGGAAACCAUGGGAAAUAAUGAGAAGACAGAGGUUUUCUUGGAGGUGUUUGGGAAUGGUGAGAUCCGCAGUCAGACAGAAGAGACGCUGAGACGUGCAGCAUCACAGCUCACUCUGUCUGUUACUGAAACACUGGAGAAAGCCACGCACCCCUCUCUGAACACAACUCUUCUCAAGUUCAAGGAGCGAGAUGAGCUGGCCAGGAUAUUCAAGUUGUGGAUCCAGCCUCGGCCUUCAUCAUCCUCGUCUGAGUGUGCUGCCCCUGUGUUAAUGUCCAAAGCCUGGGAUUAUCGGGUCCGGCAGCACCUUGGAACACGCUACGACUCCAAGAAGAACUGCUUCGACUGGGACCUCAAAAUGAAACUGCAUGAGAAAGGGUGCGGCGUCAUCAACAAACAACAAUAUACACAAUGGAGGGAACGGGGUUUGGCGUUCGAAAUGAGGGAAGGUGUCUACCAAACAACCAAUCCAAGUUUGCUCUCUUCCAGAGUGUUCUGUCAGAAAGGGGGAAAAGUGUCUUACACGGGCUACUGGGGGGACAUCGUUUCCAGUCCUUAUCUCUCCUUUGGCAUUGAAACUGAUGACAAGAGCCUGCUGAGGACACAGAAUGGCCAACACGUCAAGACAGCCCAGGAUAUUUCUGUUGCAAAUGUACAGGAAUUGUUCCAUUCCCUGUCCAGUAGACGGGGCUGUCCCAUCACCUCUCAGUCAGACGCAACGGCAGAGGAGCCAUCCCCCAAGGCGGACCGAAAAUCUGUCACCAUUAACGACUUGGUGCAUCUGAAUGGGAUCUCUGUGACGUUCCUGCCAUCGGACUCACUUUACAAACUGCCAGACAAACUGAAAUAUUCACACUUCUUUAACACCAUCUACUUCUCUGCCAGCUGCGUGCACCAGUUGGGCCCGACAAUGAGACAGAUUGCAGCACCAGACGCUGUGCUUGUCGUGGAGUUGGCCAAGUACAUUUUGGAUCUGACCAAAGAGCAAGUAGCCGGCUUUGCAGAGAAAGUGGUGAGCAUCGCACUGGAGGCUGAAUUUGAGCCGUGGCGUGACGGGAAGAGUGAUGACGUCCAUGCUGUUUUCAUACCACAGAGGAAGUAAAGGUGGUUCAUUUAUUCUGCUCCCAUUGUCAGCAGCUUUUUCACUCUAUGCAACAGUCAAGGUGAUAGUGCCUCACCUCACUUUGUCAUUUAUUCAGUGUCCUAUGCAGACAGAGUUUAUUUUUCCCUCAUAGGAAGUUAACCAAUAAGUAGCUACAUAAAUGUGUGUUCAUGUAGUAGCUGUAGUAACCUUUCCUUGUUUGGAUGACACUGCAAGAAAAUACCAAUUUUAUGUAUACGUGCAUCUUAAUGAAUACAGAUACAAUUGCAAGCGGAUGUAUUUUAAUAAAUGCCAGGCAAACAA